GCCCAGCCCAGUCGCCUGGUCACACUGGACACAAGGUUUUUUUUUUGUUUUACGUGUAUUUGUGCGUUAGUAAUAGUUUAUCCAGAAUAUGAAUUAAGGAGCCAGCCCCAGACACCAGACGCCCCAAGAUCCAUUUCGUUCCUCCCAGCGCAGCAAGCACACUCGGCACUCUGCAAAAUUUCAGUGUGCCAGCAAACACAGAGCGCUCCAACAAAAAAAAGUUCAACAAUCAGUCUGGCCCAGCGUCUAUGUGUUUGCAUGUGUGUGUGUGUGUGCGUGCGGGACAGAAAAUUGCAAGGGAGGCGGACUUGGCAAAAUCAAAAUCGCUGCCCAACCGGCUACAUUGUCGUAAUCCCUGAUCCGUAAUCUCUGGCUGGACUCGCAUCCGUGAUCCGUCGACAGCAUUGUGGCCCUGGGCAUGUCUGCCGCCUACGAACCAAAAACUUGCUGAUAAAAACGGCAAAGAAAAAGUGAAACAAAAGAAACGCAACACAACGCAGCAUCGACAACGGCAGCAGCAGCACAGCCAAAAAAAAAAAAGAGAAUAUAUUUUAAUCAAAGGAAAUUAAAUAACAAAGCGACGGCGGCAGCAACAACAAUUACAUAAAUUAACACACAGCCAGGCCCCAGGCAACAACAACACCAAUAACAAUAGCCAGCUUAUCACGCAGCAGCAGCAACUACAACAACAACAACAACAGAAGCAGCAGCCAGAAAGAACAACAGUUUAUCUCAAAGCCACAGCCGGCUACACGAGUGCGAGCGAGCAGGCAAUAGCGAGAGCGAAAGGCAAGGUGUCUGCGUGUGCUUGCCGAGUGUGAGAGUGUGGGAGCAAAAAAAAGCAGCAAAAAACACAUAAGUUUAUUUUGUGGCAACAUUUUUUGCAUUGUUAACAGCACUCCCAACUUGUAAAAAUGGCACGCGGCUUCGAUCAUCUGUUUAAGCUGCUUAUAAUUGGCGACAGCGGCGUUGGCAAGUCAUCGCUGCUUAUCCGAUUCUCGGACGACACAUUCUCGGGCAGUUACAUAACCACCAUUGGCGUUGACUUUAAGAUCCGGACGGUGGACAUCGAUGGGCUGCGCGUGAAGCUCCAGAUAUGGGAUACGGCUGGGCAGGAGCGCUUCCGGACGAUUACCAGCACCUACUAUCGCGGCACCCAUGGCGUUAUCGUCGUCUACGACGUUACGAAUGGCGAAUCCUUUGCGAAUGUGCGCCGCUGGCUGGAGGAGAUCCAGAAUAACUGCGAUGUGGUCAACAAAGUAUUAGUGGGCAACAAGAACGAUGAUCCGGACAGGAAAGUGGUUAUCUUCGAGGACGCACAGCGCUUCGCGAAGCAAAUGGACAUCGAGCUAUACGAGACAUCCGCCAAAGACAAUAUCAAUGUGGACAACAUGUUUCUGUCGAUCACGCGGCAGGUACUCCACCACAAGCUAAGAACCUCACCGAAUGAGCAGCAGAAGGACAUAGUCAACUUGAACACCACGAACAAUCAUCGCCGGAAGUGCUGCAGAUGAAAGCUACUUUGGGAUGGAAAAUGGCUUUGCAACUGGACCGACGGCGGCGACGGCGAUUGUGACUGUGGGAGGGGUAUGGAAACCGGAACUAGGACCAGGACCUGGAUCAAGUCUGGGAAUCUUUGGGGGGGCAGUUCUCGUAAUUUGUAGGAUCUGAUGUGGGUUUUUGGCGUAUUAUAUGCCGCACACACAUAUACACACACAGCCACGGCAACAUUCACAUGAAGACAUAGCUAACACCAACCAUAACUACACCAAUUACAAAACAACAACAAUAACUGCGCCAACAUCAAUUACGAGACACUAACAAUAACAAUUACACCAACAACAACUUCACCAACACCCACACCUACUGCAACUACACCAACAACAACUUCACCAACACCCACACCAACUGCAACUACACCAACAACAACUUCACCAACACCACUCACCCACUAGAGACAACAAUUAUUUUUUUUUGUUUUGUUUUUAUUCGGGAUAAAUGCCAGAUAGCCGUAAAGAAAAGUGUAAAAGUGUAAAGCGCAAUUAAAUGUAUUUAGCAAUUUAUAUACUUAUUAAUAUAUACAUAAACAAAAUCGAAA